GAACGGCAGCAAAGAUACAAAACAUCGACUCUGGAUAAGUCGUGUUUUUUAUAAGCCAAACUCAGUUAGCAAAAGGAUAAAAUAGAAUAAUAGUUAGCCACUUUAUAAAAUGCCUUUAACCAAACGCUCUGAGGAAAAGGCCAUUCAGGCUAAGGCAACAAUAUAUUCUUAUUAUGAGAGACUACUUGAGGAAAAAGAGGAAGCCCAGGAACGGUAUAGAAAAGUUCUUGAGCAAUCAAAAAAUAUGAACGAAGGAUCGGCUACCAAGCUCUUGGAGCAAUUUUCUGCUCAGGAAAAUUACUUUUUACGUUUAAAAAGAACGAGAAUGAGCGUGGACGAUUUUGAAACCUUAAAGGUAAUAGGAAGAGGCGCGUUUGGAGAAAUUCGACUUGUUCAAAAAAUUGAUACUGGGCAUAUAUAUGCUAUGAAAGUCCUUCGAAAAUCUGAAAUGCUUGAAUUGGAUCAAGUAACUCACGUUCGUGCAGAGAGAGACAUUUUAGCCGAAGCCGACAAUCCUUGGAUCGUUCAGUUGUACUAUUCAUUUCAAGAUGAGUAUAAUUUAUAUUUAAUAAUGGAAUAUCUUCCUGGUGGAGACAUGAUGACUUUACUAAUCCGCUACGACACGUUUAGCGAGGAAACCACACGGGCUUUUCUUGCGGAACUUUUUUUGGCUCUUGAUUCGAUUCACCAACUCGGCUUUAUUCAUCGAGACGUAAAGCCGGACAAUAUUCUUUUAGACCAGACGGGUCACGUGAAACUUACUGAUUUUGGUCUUUGCACGGGCCUGAAAAAAUCUCAUCAAUGGAAGUUUUAUAAAAACUUGUCUUCUGGCGUAUUUAAAGAAGAAGAGAGACAUUUAAACCAAGAUUUACUCGAAAUUGCUGCGAAAACCCAAGACGAGGCCUCCCUUAAAGCGCUCACAUGGAAAAAAAAUAGACGUGCAACCGCUUAUUCCUUAGUGGGCACGCCCGAUUAUAUAGCACCAGAAGUUUUUCUUCCAGAAGGUUAUACAAAGCUCUGCGAUUAUUGGUCGGCUGGAACGAUCAUGUACGAAAUGUUGAUUGGGUACCCGCCGUUUUGUGCGGACAGUCCACAGGCAUGA